AUGAGAGUUGUCUGUUCCAGUCAGACAGGCAGCAGGGCUUCACCCAUUCAGUGAGGAUCUGUAAUUUACACGACAAUAACAGGGUGCCAGUCGCAUCUCCACAGGACAAUACACUGGAUCUCCCACGGUGCUGCUCCGCCACCAAACGCACCCAGGGCAGCUCAUCUGUUUGAGGGAGAAGAAGACGACUGAUUUCCACGCCAUGUGCAGAAUGAGAUGUAUGCGCGGUUUCAUCCGGUGACAGCAGAGGGAAUGGAGCAGUUGCCAUCAAAUUCCUGCAGACGCACCGACGGUGAUACAGCGGAGGCUGCCGUGUAGAGGGGAGAAGACCUUCAUACGCAGUAGCCAAUCCCAGAGGUUCAUUUUCCAUCAGCCAGCGCAAACGGUGAAUAGGAUCAGCGGUCAGGUGUCACUCCUCAUUUCGAUCACAACAAUGGGGGAGCAGCCCAUCUACAGCACGCGUGCCCACGUCUUCCAGAUAGACCCCAACACCAAGAAGAACUGGCUGCCCACCAGCAAGCAUGCCGUCACCGUCUCCUACUUCUACGACAGCACACGCAACGUCUACCGCAUCAUCAGCCUGGACGGCACCAAGGCAAUAAUCAACAGCACCAUCAGUCCCAACAUGACGUUCACCAAGACCUCACAGAAGUUUGGCCAGUGGGCGGACAGCCGAGCGAACACCGUGUACGGCCUGGGAUUCUCCACUGAGCAUCAUCUAGCUAAGUUCGCAGAGAAGUUCGCAGAGUAUAAAGAGGCAGCACGGCUUGCCAAGGAGAAAAGCCAAGAAAAGAUGGAGCUGGCCACCUCUCCCUCUCAGGAGUCUCCAGCGGGCGAGCUCUCGUCACCUUUGACCCCAGUGACUCCGCCCACCAUGGAAAACAUCAAUGGCACGGAUGAAAUCUGUGACACGACCCCCAACUCAGACAGCCGUCCAGAGCCGGCGCAGAACGCACUGGCCUUCGCACACAGCCCCACCAUGACGAAACACUGGGAGGCCGAGCUGGAGGCACUGAAGGGGAACAACGCCAAACUAACAGCAGCCCUGCUGGAGUCCACAGCCAACGUCAAGCAGUGGAAACAACAGCUGGCUGCCUACCAGGAAGAGGCCGAGAGACUACACAAACGGGUGACCGAGCUCGAGUGCCAGAGCAACCAAACCCCAGUGAUCAAAUCCCAGAAGACUGAACUCAACCAAACCAUAGAAGAACUGGAGACCACAUUAAGGGACAAAGAGGAGGAAAUGGAAAAGCUGAAAGAAGAACUGGAGAACAUGAAUGACCUGAUGGAGCAGAAAGACACCCUUACCCAGAAACUUGAGGAGACGGAGCUGCGUGGCCGGGUGCUGGAGGAGCAGCUGGCGGGGGCCGAGCAGCGGCUGGAGGAGAACCAGGAGGAGCAGGAGAACUUCAGGAAGAGCCUGCGGACACUACUGGAGCUGCUGGACGGGAAGAUCUUUGAGCUGACGGAGCUGAGAGACACGCUGGCUCGACUCAUAGAGGAGGCCAGCUAGAGACGGAGAGCUGUGUGCACUUCACUGAUGGAGCCAUAUGAUAAUCUACUCACCGCCCCCACCAGCUCCCCCACCGCCACCCGUCACCGCCCACACCCUACUCCUACAACCCGAAACACAUCCACUGAGAUACAGUACACUGCCCCAACACUGACUGUGCUCACAGAGGGCAGCUAAACCUACAUGCUGACUUGCAGGCAUCUAGCUCCAGCCCUCCCCAGGCGAUGCAGAGAUUACCUCAUCCUGCCUUCUGAUAGGCUGGUACAGCUGUAACCUUGGCCUCAUUGAUCUUUCCAGUCCUAGAGAUGCCUGCCGUGUUUGUUGAGGGUUGGAUUGUGAUUUUAUUGGCACACUGCGACUGCCCCCCCCACCCCUGCCACCCCUU